AUGAGGCUAUCAAAUGAACAUCUACGAAUUUUCACAGUAGAGGAGGAAGAAACACUCGCUGUAGAUAUUACUACUGCAGGCAAUAUCCAUUAUGGCUUAACCUCCAAAACUGCAAGGAUUGUGGCUUAUGAAUAUGCUACGAGGAAUGGAAAAUCUGUACCACAGAACUGGGAAAGAGAGAAAAUGGCAGGACUGGAAUGGCUCAGGGCAUUUAUGAAACGAAACAGACUUUCAUUACGAACACCAGAACAGACAACACUUGUGACAAUGGUUGCAAUAAUCAGUGCUUCUGGAACAGCUGUACCAACAUUCCUUGUGUUUCCUAGGGUGCAUUUUAAAGAUCACAUGCUGCAUAAUGCCCUACCAGGCUCUGGGGAUGGAGCCACUGCCUCAGGUUGGAUGAACAGUGAACUAUUUUUACCAGUCCUGCAGCACUUUGUAAAACAUGAAAGGACUACAAAGGAACAUCCUAAGCUUAUGAUUCUUGACAAUCAUGAAAGCCACACAAGCAUAGCAGGAAUAUCAUAUGCAAAAGAAAAUGCAGUUAUUUUGCUUGCUUUGCCUCCUCACACAAGCCAUACGCUCCAGCCUCUGGAUGUGGGAGUUCUUGCACCUUUCAAGAAGUUCUGUAAUACAGAAUGUUGUGAUCUUAUGGCAGAUAGAGGAAGAUCUAUCACAAUCUAUGAUGUUGCUGGACUGGUUGGCAGAGUUUUUCCCCUUGCAUUCACCAGCCGAAACAUAUGCAGUGGUUUUUGGGCAUGUGGUAUUGAACCACUAAACAGUGGUUUAUUUAACUAA